AUGGCAAAGUCUAAUAAAAAAGUUAGAUCUGAUAGAAUAAAUGCAUUAAGAAAGCAAUAUGACGCUUUUCUUGAAGAAGAUAAGAAACGAAGAGACAGAAAUGAAUUUAUCUUGGGACAUCUUGAGAAAAUGCGAUUGGGUUCACCUGUACCUAUCUCGGUCUACCACGAGAAAACGCAAGUAGUAAGUGAAUCUUAUUAUCCAUUUUCACAAAGAUCAGAAUUCUUAAAUAAACUAUCGUGUCGUGAUACUAAUAAACAUAUAAUACUGAACCAAAGUGUUCCUUUGCCUACUUAUAGUAAAAACUUAGAAGAAACGACAAUUCUAAAAGAAAUUAGCCAGAAAUUUAUAUUAAUUCCUAAGCUGCAAUCAGCACUUCAUAAUAACACAACUUACCCGCUAAUCGAAAACAUCCAAGAUAGUGAUUGGAGAAGCAAAUAUAAUAUUCUUGAUGAACUUAAAAGAAACGAAAAAGAAACAACGGACGAAAAAAAUGACUACGUCUUUGGUUCAACGGAAGAUCACAAAACUACAGGAUGUGUCGAAACCCCAACUUUAUUACAGUUCGAUCACCCCCUGCUAGAUGAUUAUAUAAAGCCACCACCAAAAGAUUUAUCAAACGAAUCUGUCAUUAAUGUAGUGAGUAAAGAUGAAACACCGUAUUUAGAGUGGAAGCCAGUCGCAAAAGUUAAUUUCAAUAUUCCUGAAGAGAACAGAAAAUGCAACCAGCGAACAGAGGAACAAACUGAUGUUCUAAUUAAAAAUAAUCAAUGUGAUUUAAAUAUCGAAGCAAAUGGUAUGUCUGAAAAUAAUAAAAUCAUAAACGAAAUACACGAACAAACGAUUGUUGGGUCUGACAAUAAAAACAGAGAAGAAGGCAAUCUUGUCCGAUAUAACACACCUACGGAAGCACGACAACAAUCAAAAAUUGACGAAAACGUAGAUACUUUGCAUGAAAUACAUGAAGGCAAGAUCAGUGACAAUUUUGAUGUUGCCAUACAUCCGCAAGAAAUAAUAAAAGAAAAUGUUAUCAAUAUCAAUGAUAAUAAGGGCUUGGAAAUAAAUAAUGAUCAAGUAGAUAAUUCAACAGCAGAUACACAACAACAAUGUCUUAAUCUUCAACAAGAAACAGUUCAACAACCAAUUCAACCGUGCCCGGAAAUAAAUCAAGAACUAAUUAGCAAUGAUAAAGUUGAUAUUGCUGAAGUUUUUCAAGAAAAUAUUGAAAAACAUGAAAAUGAUGAUGUACUUUUAAAUAAUCCAGAAAAUUAUGAAUCUAAUGAAGCACCUAUAGAACAACUUACUAAUUUUGAAGUUAAUUAUGAAAAUAAUCAUAAGGUGACUAAUGCAGAUGGCGAUAAAAAUUAUGAAAAUAGUCAAGAAAACAACGAAAGUGAGAACUAUGUAGCAGAAAAUGAACACUAUACAAAUGAAUAUGCUUAUUAUGAUGAAUCUCAGCAAGGAGAGCCUUACGUUGGAGAAAUUAAUGAGCAUGUAGAAUCUACAGAGCAGUAUGAUCCAAAUUAUGAACAGCAAUACACCAAUAAUUAUGAAGAUCCAACUAUGGCGCAGUACCAAAACAACCAAUUUGAAGAAAAUAUGUAUCAACAACAACAAGAAGCCAACAAUAUAACCUAUGAUAACCAGCAGCCAGACAACGCUAAUGUCGAAUAUGUUAACUCAGAUAAUAUUGAAGUUACUGAUCAGAACCAACAUGAAAAUGUUUACAAUUAUGAAAAUGAAAUGAAUGAUCAGCAACAGUAUGACGAUAACAUUAAGCAAGAAUAUUCAACGGUACAGCAUGAACAAUAUGAAGAACAACAAGAAUAUAUUGAACCAGAAACUUUAAGGAAAAUUGAAAACGAAUUAGAUUCAGAGGAUGGAUUCAUAGAAAAAAUAAAUACAAAUUUAAAAGAAAACGUAGAAAGCAUUAAUGAAUCAGAAGAUAUAACUAAAAAUAUUGAAUCUGAUGUGCAAUUAUCA